GGCACUUGAUUCGCUCUCUAUUCGUUGUUUGGCCCUAAACUACGGAAAAACUACUUAAUUCUCCACACAAAAUUUCCUGAGCGAACACUCAUAUUUUUACAUUGUUCAAAUCAAAUCACUCUCAGAACAACGAAAAAAUAUGUCCCAUCACUAAAAAAUGAGAGCAUUUAUCGAAAAUGUGUCAUAUUUGUCAACCGCUUGUCAAAAAAUAAACAAAUUAUUGUGUCCGUUGCGAAAGUAAUUGAAGAAUUUUUAAUUAAUAAAAAUGUGUGUGAAUUCAAUGGAAACGAUAAAUUAAAUGAGUGUACAAUGGAGAAGAAAAAGAAAUUUGUGAAAAAACUAAUUAUAAGUCGAAGAAGGCUCGCGUCUUUCACUUUGUUUGAAAAAGACAGUUGCGAUGUAAGGAAGCUGCUAACUCUGGUGAAUGCCUUGGAAUUCCACACAUUGUAUGAAUCGGAACGAUUGUGUUGGCAAAGGUUUCGAUCUCAAUACUUUUGGGAAAUAGAUUGCCAAAAAGCAGAUGAGAAAUGCUUCAAAAAUAACUUUCGGGUCAGCAGAGAGGUUUUCAAUAAAUUGUGUGAAUUGCUAAAUGGGCUACAAAAAUCUAAUACAAAUAUGCGAGAGGCAAUACCAUUGGAAAAAAGAGUUGCAAUAGGUUUAUAUACCUUGGGAUCUUCUGCCGAGUACCGCACAAUAGCAAACAUGUUUGGAGUUGGAAAAAGUACAGUGUGUAAAAUACUCUUGCAGUUUUGUAAUGAGGUCUGGAGAAUUCUUGCUCCAAUUUAUUUAAAAAAUUUCCCCUUAACAAGAGAAAAGAUAGAAGUACUCUGUCAAGAAUUUGAAAUACUAGGGUUUCCGCAAUGUAUAGGUGCUCUGGACGGUUGCCACAUUGAGGUUCAUCCAUCCAAGGAAGACGCUACAGAUUACUACAACUACAAGGGAUGGUACUCAGUCGUACUCCUUGCAUUGGUAGAUGCGAGAUGUCGUUUCAUUUAUGUUAGUUGUGGGAGUCCAGGACGUUGCAACGAUUCUCAGAUCUUUGAAGGUUCUUCCCUCAAACAGCAGCUUAACGAAUGCAGUCAUUUAAAGGAAGUAAAGCGAAAUAUUUUGGGCGUUGAGGUUCCUGCCCUUAUAAUCGGCGAUUCGGCAUUCAAAUUAAGCGACAAGUUGAUGAAACCUUAUCCAUUUCAAUUAUCACAAAAUCUCGAGCAAAAAUGCUUUAAUUACGCAUUGUCAAAAUCACGCAGAGUAGUUGAAAAUGCCUUUGGCCACCUUAAGGCACGUUUCCGACGAAUCGGAAAAGGCAUAGAUAAUGCUCUAAAGUAUGCCAAUGCAGUCAUAUUAUCUUGUUGUGCUCUUCAUAAUUUUCUCAGCGAGCACAAUGAUGUUGUUAACGACAAGUGGUUGAAAGCAUUACAAUCAGUUGAGGCAAAUAGAUCCUAUCCUGAAGAAAUAAUAAUUCUUGCAGAUCAAAGCAGCGGCCAUAAUGGCGAAGAAAUACGAAAUGCUAUUUCAAUAUAUUUAUCGCAAAAAAAUUGUUGUAACGAUGAGGAUAACUUGUACAAUAUUGAUGAAGCUAAUUCAUUUUUAAAUGUGGAGGAAGAAUAUACGUUCCCUUCUGGAGAAACUGUCUGUAAUUUGCAAGAUAUAAAUUAGUAUAUUAGUAUUAUUCAUUUUCAUUUUUCAUUUAUUUCGUCAGAAUUCAUUAUGUUUCAUUAAUAUAGUUUAUGUUAUUUUUAGAUAACUAUGUACAUAUUUAAGCUGCAUUUUGAAGAAUUUGUUUAAUUGUUUUUGAAAAUAAAAGA